AUUUAGAACUCAUCAAAGUCUUUGUGCUAAGUACAAUCUGUGGCUGGACUCAAAUAAAUGCCAUUUGACUUCUCAGUGCAUCACCACCAUACUGGAAGUGCCAAGUGAGUUGAAGUCUGUCACAGAUGAUGGCAAAGUGAGGCGGAGGAGGAGGACUGAUGACACGGAGCUGGCACAGCGAGCGAGUCGUACAUUGUACUUUGUGGUGAAGGAAGGGAAGCGUGCGUCUCCUCUCCAUCACAUUUCACUUUUUCAAACAGUGACGGGGAAUCAAAGAAGGCAGGAUGUAGAAUCCGUCAGACACACAGAGCGUUUCUUCAGAGUCUUGCGGUCCCACAGAGUGGUUAAUUCUGCUGCUUUUAGUCGCGUUUUUUCGCUCUGCUCGGUGCGGGAGUCUGCCGAUCGACCGAGGUGGAGAAGAGAGGUGUUGCUCGCUGCCUCAGCUCGCUGGAUGGAUCCGAGCAAAUCCUUUCUCACUUACAACUGAGGACUCGGUUUGGAAGAGUUGGGAUUUUGUUCCCUCCUCCACUCCAUCUCCUUUUCUAUGCCAGAUCAUUUUCAGGACAGUUAAGUCUGAAGGUGUGGAAGACUUUGCUUCACAAUGGCAACAGGAGUAGCAGCGUGGCUCCCCUUUGCCAGGGCUGCAGCAAUUGGCUGGAUGCCUGUGGCCAACUGCCCCAUGCCUAUCGCGCCAAGAGACAACAGCAAGAAACAAGAUGAACUUAUCAUCCUCAAUGUCAGCGGCCGUCGUUUUCAGACCUGGAGAACAACAUUGGACCGCUACCCAGACACACUACUGGGCAGUUCUGAGAAAGAUUUCUUUUACAACGAGGAAACCAAGGAGUACUUUUUUGACCGGGACCCUGACGCCUUCAGAAGCAUUCUCAACUUCUACCGAACGGGAAAGCUCCAUUAUCCUCGUCACGAGUGCAUCUCGGCCUAUGAUGAGGAGCUGACUUUCUUUGGCAUCAUACCUGAGAUCAUUGGUGACUGCUGCUAUGAAGAAUACAAGGACAGAAAGCGGGAGAACUUAGAGCGGCUGCAGGAUGAUCAGGAAGAGAAUAUGGACCUGAAGAUGCCCAACAUGAACUUCAGAGAGACCAUGUGGCGCGCCUUUGAAAACCCCCACACCUCCACCAUGGCCCUGGUCUUUUACUAUGUCACUGGGUUCUUCAUUGCUGUCUCGGUCAUCACGAAUGUGGUGGAGACCGUGCCGUGUGGUGCUACUGCCAAUCAGAAAGACAUGCCAUGUGGCGAACGCUAUACUGUUGCGUUCUUCUGCAUGGACACCGCCUGUGUUAUGAUUUUCACCGUGGAGUAUCUGUUGCGCUUGUUUGCCGCACCUAGUCGUUACCGCUUCAUGCGCUCUGUGAUGAGCAUCAUCGACGUGGUGGCUAUCUUGCCAUAUUAUAUUGGUCUAGUGAUGACCAACAACGAGGAUGUCAGCGGCGCCUUCGUGACACUGCGUGUGUUUCGAGUGUUUCGUAUCUUCAAGUUCUCCCGCCACUCGCAAGGCCUGCGGAUCCUGGGUUAUACACUCAAGAGCUGCGCUUCGGAGCUGGGUUUCCUCCUCUUCUCACUCACCAUGGCCAUCAUCAUCUUUGCCACGGUCAUGUUCUAUGCAGAGAAGGGCUCCAGCUCCAGCAAGUUCACCAGCAUCCCAGCUUCAUUCUGGUACACUAUUGUCACCAUGACGACGCUGGGGUAUGGGGACAUGGUGCCAAAGACAAUUGCUGGAAAGAUCUUUGGCUCCAUCUGCUCCCUGAGUGGCGUCCUGGUGAUCGCUCUGCCCGUCCCUGUCAUAGUCUCCAACUUCAGCCGCAUCUACCACCAGAACCAGAGAGCAGAUAAACGGCGUGCUCAGAAGAAAGCUAGACUGACCAGGAUAAGAAUAGCCAAGUCCGGCAGCGCCAACGCCUUCCUUCAGAGCAAACGCAACGGACUUCUCAACGAAUUGCUGGAGCUGACGGGUACAGAAGAGGAUGAGCAGAAGCUGACCCAGAAGUCCAUCUCUCUGUUAGAGAGCCAACACCACCACCUACUGCACUGUCUGGAGAAAACAACAGCUCACGAGUUUGUGGACGAGCAGAUAUACGAGCAGAACUGUUUGGAAACGGCUCUGCAGACCUAUCCCUCACGCAGUCCCUCUGUAUCCAGCCAUGACAGCUCCACACGUACCUGUUGUAGUCGAAAGAGAAAGAGAAAUGUUCCUCUGCCUAACACCAGCCUGCCCACCACCCAUUCAACACACCAGGGCCCGCUGCAGGAGCUCAGUGCCAUCCACAUACAGUGUGGUGACCCGCUGUCGCACACCGCCAGCCGCUCCAACCUCAACCUCAAAACUGAUGAGAGCAGCAGGAUCAACUGCAAAAGUGGCCGGAUCACCACAGCCAUCAUCAGCCUCCCGACGCCCCCUGCUUUAACCCCUGAUGGAGAUGGGCUCCACAGGCCCCCACAGCGGAGGCCGCCACAACCUCCAAGUCACCCACCACCCUUGAGCAUUCAGACCACAACAAGCUCAGCUGGCGCCAACAUCGUCAAAGUCUCGGCUCUGUGACUGUGUGGCUGACAGAUGUAACUCACCCCAACAGGGGGAAGGAAAGAAGAGGAGGAGGAAGCAGGUAACACUACAUUCAUGGACGUACCAUGUUCCCUAAUACAGGGUCAGUGAGAAGAGAGGUGUACUCCAGAGGACUCACCAGUUAUGGAGACAUUACUGAGGUAGAGGACUGUAGAUAUGUGACCUGAGAA